AUGGUUAUUUAUACAAGCUGCGACAUUGUCUCGGCUGAGGAUCGUGCCAACAGCAACAACAAUAACAAUAGAGAUAGAUUAAAUGCCUUUCAGAUUUAUAGUGCAUUUUGCCACUGCCAAGGGUCUCUACUCCCAGUUGAGGGCAACGCGCCUUCGUAUGCUCAAUUGUACAUCUAUGAUCCUUCAUAUGCUGCUCAGAGGCGAUCAGAAAGGAAUGAAAACUUGGACAAUGAGACUAUAGAAAAUCUUUCAGCUCUACUUUCUGAAUGUAAUCCCUUCGCACGCAUUUAUUGUCAUGCAUAUGAGAUAUUGAGCAACCAUAAGAAUUUCAGCACCAACAGCGAAGAUAGGGCUAACAACAAUGGCUCUGCCGAAAGCGAAUCACCUUAUAUUAUCAUCAGUUCAUCGAUGAGAAUGCAUUUGACUGAAGAAGGCGACAAACGCGCUCACGACCUGCUAAUAAUGGAAGAGGUUCCCGCAGCCAUCUUUAUUGAGUAUAGCAACAGAAGCUGUUGUGACAUCGUUCUUACCUUGAGAAGCAGUAGUAGAAAUGAUAGUCUCCGUUGA